AUGACUUCAUUUCCACCCGCCAAAUUCCCCAACAGCCCUGUUCCUGGAUUCCGCCGCCCCCGUCCGUCCCUGUGCAAUCCCAAGCCAAGCUCAGACCGAACCGUGCUUGUCCCCAUUCUGUCUAGACCCGAGUCUUACCAAUCGUUCCUGUCUCUGCUGAGGUACGCCAUCGCGCUGUUUACCGCCCACAAGCCCCAUUGCAUCUCAUCAUUAUUUGAGCUAUCCGAUCAUCCGGGCCACUCCUCACACACACCCACACACGGACGAGACAGGUACGAAUACUGCACCGCUGCUCCGGAGCAAUCUACUAUUACUCUUGUCAUCCUGAACCGGCAGCAGGGUUCCGUGUGGACAGCCGCCGCCGCCUCGUGCCGAGCAAUAAGAAAACGACAAGGGCUUAGACGAACGACGUCUUCUCGCAUUUCGCCAACCGCAAAUCCCAACCGCGAGUCCCAAUUCCUCCGCCAAUUCCUGGCUCAUACCUGGGCACUCCGUAGCGACGACCUGGACUGCGUCACUCUUCUGCAAGACAAGACGAGCGAGACCUGCAUCAUCCUCCACCAGCACCUCCGAUCCGUACCUUUGCCCUCCUCUUUGCUUUGCUCUCUCUUUAUACUUUCGUUCUCUACCAUAGGCAAAAUCCUACGCGUCCAACCUAAGCCUCUUUCGAUUCAUCUUGGUUCCGCCCGCCGCCCCCAACGAAACGAGCUCUCUCUCGGUCUCUCUAUCUCCGCCCUGCACCACAUCGCAGCCAGCUUUACCCCAAAACCUCCCACCAACAUCCCCAUUUCCGAUCCCACCAUAUUUCCAUCCUCCCUUCCGGGCCAGCCAAGGGAUCCGAUCAUCAGUCUCACCCGCCACCAUCCGCACCUGCAACCGUCUGCGCCCGAGUGUUACCUCUCCACACCCACGAACCUACACCCCCAAGCACCGUUGAUCGACGACAUGGCGCACUCGGAUUGUACGGCCGACCUGGCCUCUGCGCCUCCAUUUCAACUACAUGAUCUUCUUUCUCCGUGUACUAUUCGCAUUCACGCUACUUGCGCUGGAAAUGUUGGGAAGCUGACGUUGUCUUAA